AUGGACGCGCAGAAGCUGAUCUCAUCCAUCGGCCUUGUUGCCGGCCUGGUAUUCCUCCCCGGCCUUGUCCGUACCUCGUUCGCCAUCGACCGUCCAAUACACUCGUCAAUCGUAGUACUCGCCGUCUGUGGAGCUUGUAUAAUUGGGUUGGACCGAACGCGCGCCUUAAAGGAUACCAAAUCGCACCGACACCGCUAUGGGCCCAUACCCCUGGAAGACGCGAGUGAUCGGCGCAUAUCGGGCAAUAGAUCAGUACACGGUGAAGAGAAUGGGAGCAAGCAAUCGCCGCUGUCCAGCUUGAGACGGCUGCGUCUUGUCUUUCUCAUUCUUGUUGGCGCUCUCUGCGCCCGUGUAGAAGUGCUGCAUCAGGUCGCCAAAGGAGUCCAAUGCACUCGUGGGAGCUACCAACCAUUUCUACCAUUUCUUCUAGCCGUGUACGAUUUCGCUAUUAUCCGUCGGCAUCGUCAGGAAUGGAAGCCCGAUGAAGAGCAAAAUGGGAGCCCAUUCAAGCAAGUGUUUGCUCGCCUCUCUAGACAUCGGUACAUGCUGGUCUUGUCUACUCUGCUUCUAGGCUUGUGUAGCUCGCUCGAGUUGUCGGCAACUGCACCGCCAUCCUCGACUUACAUAUGCGCUACAACGUUACCAACAUUCACUCUAGUGCCCGCGAUCCAGCUUCUUGGAUUGUUCCUGGACGCCUUGAUAUUUGUACUAGUGUUCCAUAUCCUUGAUCUGGGUUCAGAUUCUCCGCAGUCUAAUGUCAAUGCGCCUCGGAUCAUAGGCUGGGCCUUCCUUCUGUCUGCUGUCGUGUGGACCAUUAUUGGGGCUUUAGUCUUCUUUGUAAGCCCCGACGAUCGCCACUGGAUUCUCACCCCAGAUAGAACCUAUCUCUGGAGUCUGUUCAACCUUACCCUAGCCGUUUGUAUUACGGUGUUAUUUGCUGUUUCCGUAGCUUCCCGUUCACGACCGGUAUCAUUCUCCUUUCUGGUUGUUUUCACAUUAACAGGGAUGACUGCAUUGACAUCGGACUGGAGCCAGCACAUUCAAAAUCUGGGCUUCUCUGACAAGUUGAACUUCGUCUUCGUGAUUACAAUAUUCGUCGCUGAUAUUCUCUACGCGGUUAUUGAGAUGUCUGCUGAGAACCGCUCGCGGUCCUCGAUGAAGAAUAUGUCGGGUGUGCCUGGUUGGUUUCUCUUUUCGAUUGCAGGCCUCCUCAUUUUCCGGCUGUUGUUCGGAAAUCCCUAUCUCAGCCAACCAAGCUCUCAUCCGAUUGAUACUCUAAUUGGGAGGGCGCGUUCUCAGCACGACCUGUGGAAAAAGCAGGCGUCUUCCUCAAAAUCGCUGUCGGAUGCCGUAGCGGUCUACCGCCAACGAUAUCACCGGAAUCCGCCCCCGCAAUUCGAUAUCUGGUAUAAUUAUGCCACCUCUCGGUCCUCCUUAGUUAUUGACGACUACGAUAACAUUUAUAAUGAUCUCUUACCUUAUUGGUCCCUGUCACCCGCUGAAAUACGUCAAAGAACCUGGGAGAUUAUAGCAAAUCCUUGGAGUGAUGCUGGUGGCGUUCACGUCAGAGCAGGAUCGCUUGAGAUUAGUGCCAAUAUGCCAGGAACGCACAGGUGGAUGGUCGACGGCGUCACUCAUAUUAUGGAGAAAUUUGCAGAGUGGCUUCCGGAUAUGGACCUUGCAUUCAACCUAAAUGACGAAGCACGGGUAACAGUACCUUUCGAAGUCCUUGAAGCGCUGAAAGUAACAUCAUCGAGAGCUGCUCAAUCAAAGACGCCAGGUGUAGUUGGGUUCAGCAAUGAGAGAUCUUCUGGGUGGGCCCCGAUUCCCGAGCAGCCUAUUGCAGAAUCGCGCUUCCAACAGCGCUCUUUUCAGCGGACAUUCUAUGGGUUUGGAGCUGUGGGUUGUCCGCCUUCUUCAAGAGCUCAAAAGGAAAGAUUAUGGAAUGUCAAAGACCUGUGUACAACGUGUGCAGCCCCGCACUCAUUAGGCUACUUCCUCUCCAAUUGGACUUUGUCAGCGUCCGUCUGCCACCAACCCGACCUCGCUGACCUGCACGGGCUGAAUCUCUCACCCGCUGCCUUCAAAGGCUCCUACGAUCUCAUGCCUAUGUUCAGUCAGAGCAAGCCGGCCGGCUACAACGACAUCCUCUACCCUUCAGCUUGGAAUUACAUGGACAAAGUCAAAUAUGCCCCUUCCCCUGAAUUUCCGGAUCCUCCAUUCUCCAACAAAGAGAAUACCAUUUUCUGGCGUGGUGCUACUUCUGAGGGUGUUUCCGCCGGCAGUGGCGUCUGGAAGGGAAUGGCACGCCAGCGCCUAGUGCACCUCGCCAACAAUGCUACCACUCCCCAGCUCGUCCUCCUCCCUCAGCCACGCACGAACAAGCCGACCUACAUAAUGCUUGAACCUACUAGUGUCGCCGCAAUCCUCAAUUCGUCCAUCCGCCUCGUCGACGGCAUCGCCCGCUGCGGUGGCCGCGAUUGUCCGGACCAAACGAAUGAGUUUGGGGGAAGCGCUCCUCGCUCGGACUUCCAGCACCACUGGCACUACCGAUUCCUCGUCGAUGCAGACGGCGCAGGGUUCUCAGGACGCUUCCUCCCGUUUCUCCAGAGUGGGAGCGUGCCGUUCAAAACGGCAUUGUUCAGGGAGUGGUACGAGGGCCGUUUGACAGCGUGGCGGCAUUUCGUCCCGCUUGAUUUGCGCCUGCAUGGGCUAUGGAGCACCCUGGCGUAUUUUGCGGGGGUGGACGGUCGGAGCAUCGGAGGGAGAGUGGGCAAGUGGGAAGCAAGAGCUAAAGAGGCAGAGGACAUCGCGGAGAAUGGCCGGAAGUGGGCGAAUACUGUGCUGAGGAAAGAGGACAUGGAAAUAUACUUCUUCCGGCUAUUGUUGGAGUGGGGAAGGUUGACGGAUGAUCGGAGGGAUGAGCUAGGAUUCUCGGUGUAG